AUGGCGGAUAUCAUAGCCAACGAUCAAGGCAACCGGACCACACCUUCCACCGUGGCCUUCUCCGUCGCCGAUAUCGAGCGCCUCGUCGGUGAAGCCGCCAAGAAUCAGGCGGCAUUCAACCCUCGCCGGACUAUCUUCGACGCCAAGCGCCUAAUGGGGAAAAAAUUCGAGGACCCAGAAGUUCAGAGGGAUUUGAGGUACUUACCCUAUCCCGUGGUCAAUCGAGGCCGGAACCGUACUUCGAAAUCGAAGUGGAUAAAUCAGAAGAAGAAGGGCAACGGCUUGGCUUUCAUCUUAGUUUGA